CGAUCCGCCAAAACACCACUCGCCAGCUUUUUCGCUGAUCGCGAUUUGCCCCAUUUCACAAUCAGCUCGCUCCGACACUCAACCUUGCGUGCUUUGUGCAGUCCUCCAGCCAGGCAAACAAACUCGUCAGUCAUAAUUGCCGCCACCACACACUGAUAGGCACGGCAGCAUCAUCAGAUUCCUGACACCGUGCUGCAAUGGCCAAGGGGUCUCAGCUCAAGCAGCUUAAAGCGCGCCUCUCCUCGGAUGGAAUCAAAGAUAAGCGACAGAAUAGUGCUGCAUCGCGGAAAAGGAAAUCCUCAUCCACAUCAGCCGGUGCGGUUCAGAAAGCGGCAGAGGAGGCACGUAGAGGAGCGCUAGCGCGGAUUCGCAGUGAUGCCACAUUCAACCCUUUCGAGGAGAGGAUCACCAAGCCAAAGCAUGAGGUGCUUGGCCGACAUCUCAAGGGGGUGACGGGUCGGCCUGGCGUGUCCAAGUCGACUGCGCUAGACCAAAGAAGGCAGAAGCUGCUACCGGAGAUUCAAGGUAGACAUCGUAGCGGAACAUUCAUCGAUAGGCGCUUUGGAGAGGGUGACGCUAAUCUGACACCUGAAGAGAGAGCUUUAGAGCGAUUCACAAGAGAAAGGCAGAACAGGGCGAGGGCUGGUGACGUAGGCGGCAAGAAGAGCCUGUUCAAUCUUGAUGAUGGUCCCGAAGAUCGCUUGACGCAUUACGGCCAAAGCCUCAAUGUUGAUGACAUGGAGGACGAUGGGCUGGGCCUCGGUGGUUUCGACGAUGAGGAUGAGCAUGGCGGUAUCGAUCGCGCCACCACUUCCAAGCUCAACUUUGGGGGCUUCGAUGACGAAAAUAACGAUGAUGAUCCUGAUCGCAAAAAGAGCAAGUACGAGGUCAUGCAGGAAGUCAUGGCAAAGUCAAAACUGGCUAAGCUUGAGAGGCAGCGUGCCAAGGAGAAGGAUGAUGAUUUGCGCAUGGAGCUGGACGAUGACUUUGCGUCACUGCGCGAAGCUCUGUUUGGCCCAGCGCAAGAUUAUACCGAAGCAUUACGCGAAGCGGAGAGGACUGCGACAGAGCCUGAAGCUGAGGGCAGGCAAGCGAAAGCGAAAGUCUCCGAUGCCGAUGGGAAUGCUCAAAAACCUGCCCGAGUUGAACGAGAGAAGUCGGAAGAGUACGACGCUUUUGUCCGCGAACUGGCUUUUGAUCGCAGAGCGCAGCCACAGGACAGACUUAAGACGGCCGACGAGCUAGCAGCGGAAGAAGCGGAAAGGCUGAGAAUCGCCGAAGAUGCUAGAUUAAGACGCAUGCGAGGCGAGAUGGUACCGGAUGGCGGGAUCACAAAUCGCAGAGCACCAGGUGCCGACGACCUAGAUGACGACUUGGACUUAGAUUUGGGUAACGCUGCAGACGUCUAUGGUCUUGGUCCCGGACUUGGAGACGCUCGGGACGAGGAGGAAGAGGAUGAUCGGCAAAGGUCUGACCUGGAUGAAAGCGAUGACGACAAUGGGAGCGAUCAGAGCGGCGAUGAGGGCUCGCCUGAGGAGGAAGAUAUGGACAAUUUUGAAGACAUGGAAGAGCUCGCCAGCAGCGAAGAGGCUCAAGGAUCGGAAGCUCAAGUGGACCUCAUUGGCAACAAUCCGACUUCUUCUGUCCCCUCGAAAGCCAACAAGGGCUCCUCGUUACAGGGUGCUGAAGGUCCGAGCUCUUCGCUACCCUACACGUUUUCUUGCCCAGCGACGCACGAGGAUUUCCUCGAUUUGCUGUUGUCCAAUGGAAUCAGCGCUUCAGAUGUACCGACAGUCGUGCAGCGUAUUCGAGCGCUGUACCAUGCUAGUCUUGGUAUCGAUAAUAAGCACAAGUUAGCAGCGCUACUCGGUGUCUUGCUGGAGCACUGCCUUCAUUGCUCACUUGAUGCAUCGGCCGGUGGUUUCAAGACAGUCGCAAAUCUGCUCCCUCACAUCCAUGAGCUGUCCCAGACUUACCCAACAAUUGCGGCGCAGCAUUUUGUGGGUAAACUCAACAUCAUGCACAAGAAUAUGGGACGAGGCGUUGCGAAGGGCGCGCUGGACGAGAACGCAAGGACGUGGCCAGGACCCGCGGAAUGCGCACUUCUCAGGAUCACUGCUCAGGUGUUCCCUACCUCCGACAGGUCUCAUCCAGUCGCUACACCUAUGGCCCUACUGAUAGCACAGUAUCUCGCCCAUUGCAGGAUCAGAACGUUGUCGGAUCUCGCCUCUGGUCUUUUCCUUGCUUCUUUGGUGGCGUCCAAUGAGAGACAGUCUAAGCGGAUCUUUCCGGAGUCCCUGAACUUCCUGCACCAGGCUAUCGCUGUUUUGACUCUGGGUUCACCGACUGGCAAGGCUCUGAAGCGUGCAGAAAGCAUCAAGCAUGCAUUUGGCAUCCCUGCACCUGAUCUUGGUGCGGCGCACACUGCUCAUUUGGCACUGACAAAAGAGGAAGUCGCUUCUCUGAAGAGCGAAGGCACAUCAGCAUCACGACCUGCCGACCUCUUGCACCUGUUGGCCUUCAAGUCCUCAAAGUCAGCGAGACACGACGCAAAAGAAAGGGGCGAAGUCAAGGCAUUACUUCUUCAUCAAGCAUUUGCCCUGGUCGAAGCUUUUGCGCAGCUAUAUGACGGUAGCGUAGCUUACGUCGAGCUGAUGCAACCAUACGAAGAGCUUAUGGCUUGCAUCGAUGCAGCACAUAUCAAUUUGCCCACUUCGUUGCAGACUCGUGCGUCGACUUUGCGCGCAACACUCUCAAUUGCCCUUGCUCGAGCGUCACAAAAUCGUCGAGCCUUGAGGUUGCAAGCGCACCGUGCCAUUCCGCUUGCUUCGCAAGUGCCCAAGUUCGAUCUCGGCGGCUUCGAUCCGACACGCAAGUCCAGCCGCGUCUUUGAUCCAGAUCCUGAGAGAGCGGAAGCGGCCAAGCUGCGUGCACUCGUCAAGAAGGAGAAGAAGGGCGCGGUUAGGGAGCUGCGAAGAGACGCCGCUGCUGUUGCGGAACAGCGCAGGAGGGACAACAAGGAAGAAGAGGAUAGAUAUGAGAAAUGGACCAGAAGGGUCACUGGUAGCUUGCAGGACGAGGAACAUCAGGACAAGCUGUUCAGGAAAGAAAAGGAGAAAAUCAAAAGAGAGCGCAAAAGGCAGAAUGCCAAGUAAUUCCACCCGUGUACUUGUUCAAUACGUAUUCUCCUUCCGCCCGUACCGCAUGGCCGGCAUCUUUCAGCAACGUGAUUGUUGCAUGACAGCGAUAGCGUGUAUUGUAUAGCAUGUCAUUCGCGUGGACGAUUCCCACCAUGUGCGAGAAGGUGCACAGAAUUUGGGAAGCCACGAGUGAAGGCGCGCCAAAAGACCUC